GCACUUUUGGUCGACAUGUUGGAACACCGCUUAACUGACAUUGAGGAUCCUGCCAUCCAAAUCCUUGGCCAACUUGCGAACUAUGUUGACGUUCAGGGUGACUUGAUUGAAAAUGGACAUAUCAAGGACAUGGUGUCGCUGAUGAAAAGUCGAAAGCCCGAAACAAGUAGCGGAGCUAUUCUCGCGAUGUUGUCGAUUCUCCCGCAUUCACGCAUACGAUAUCACAAGGCAAUCGAGGAAGAUGUCGUUGUUACGUUGGUCAAUCAUUUAAAACACCAGAAGAAGUCUUUGUUUGCGGCUUAUGCAUUCUCUCGCAUCCUGGACUACGACAACAUCAGAACAGCUAUGAUUAGGCUAUCCGCACCUGACUAUAUCAUCAGCGCUGUCAAGCAAGGAUUGUUUAACGCAACGGUCGAAAAUGAACCUGGUAAAGAGGUGCUCGGACGCCUCAUGAGCAACGAUGAACUGAGGGCAGCUGUCCUCAAAGCUCACACAACGGCAGCCCUUUGUACUAUGUUUAAAAGGGGUGAUACAGCGCUCAAUCAUGCAGCAUUUGAUUUCCUGGACAUCGUGUCCGACUAUCCCGAUGGGAAAGAGUUGAUUAAAGAAGCUAAGAUUCCCAUAUUCCGCGCCAUAGUGGCGGCCUUGGAUCACCAGAAGUGGGCCUCACAAAGCAAUGCUGCGAUGGCACUUCACACUCUUUUCGGGAUUCGGGAUUCUUCUUCGGAAAGAACCUUUGUCUCGCAAGAGUUUCGCUCGGUCAUCUUGGAAGAAAUCUCGCAAAUAUUGAAAUUGUUGGUGCAUGAUCGGUCUUACCGUGUUGUUGGCGGUGCGGCAGCUCUCUUGGCACUAUCUGAUGACGAAACUGUACGGACUUGUGUGCGAGAGCACAGAGAUUUCAAGUUUGCCAGAAGCGAGCAUUUCUCAAAGAACAGAAAACUACAGUAUCAUGGCUCAGACCCACGGGAAGAGGAUGUUCACAAGAUGCUUGACAGAUUAUUUGCGGCUAUGGAGGAAAGCCCUAACCGCCGCGGUGCCCCGAGGUUCCCAGAAGUGCACUCAAUGCCUGCCCGCAGUCCCUUGGUCACUUCCCUCGCGAUUUUAUCUUGCAUCUUCUAUAUUCCUUGCGGUCUUACAACUAUGUUGGCUGGAUGGGCGAUCGACGAGGCGGAAACGUAGCUCCAUACGACUACAGUGACUAUGCAUUACAGAGUCUUGAUAACGAUUGAUAUAUCAGAAUCAAGUACGUUUUUUCUCGGCUGCCUUGCGCUUGGCCUCUAUCUCUGCCGCGGGAUAGUGAGUAUCGUUGUAAAUGGCUUGUAUGGGCAUUGCAGCGAACUUUCAGCUUCAGUCUUUCUCUUAGCUUCAGCAGCCUCUCGUUCCUCUUUGAUAUCCAAGGCGAGCAAGAUCAGACUUGCCUACAUCGGUCUUUCCAGCGACAUGUAGGUACAGUCGACGGAGUGAGCUAAAAGACAGAACAUGAUAUAUACUUCGACAAUUCAAACUGACCUUUCAGUAAGCGACCCUUGGCUUCUCGUUUCUCCUUCGCCUCCCCGAGAAAUAGACGAUCAGUGACACUCCUGAGGCGUAAACACCGACCUUUCUCUAUGGGUUAGCUCUCGAGGUGCG